AAAACCAAAAUUCUCAAUCAAAUAAUUAUUUGCUAGUGAUGGAGCAUGCUGAUUCUGGUUCUCUUAAAGAUUAUUUAAAGGAAAACUUCAAUAAUCUUACAUGGAACGAUAAAUAUAACUUUGCAUACCAAUUAACCUGUGCCGUGUCAUGUUUACAUAAUGAAGGAAUAGUGCAUCGUGAUUUGCACUCGGGUAAUGUAUCGGUUCAUCGGAAUAUUAUCAAAUUAUCCGACUUUGGGUUGUCGAAGAGAAUUGAAUCAUCAUCCAACACACAAUCAAAACUUUUUGGAAUAAUUCUUUAUGUUGAUCCAAAAAUAUUUAAUGGACAAAGAAAAAAUCAACCUCAACACAAAUAUUCCGUUAAAUGAAAAAGUGAUAUCUAUAGUGUUGGUGUAUUAUUCUGGGAGAUAUCUAGUAUUCAAACUCCUUUCUAUUAUAAAAGCGAACAGUACUAUGAUAUUGAUUUUGCUUUAGAAAUUUCAC